GCUCCGUUCCACCACGCAUUCAGGAUUUCACCGUCAACUCACAUCUACCAGCGAUUCUGACCAUGGCGACCUCAGCAGUGACCCACCUGCCCGCAUCCUUCUACCAGCCUUUCCUCUCGCAGAUAUCCAAACUGCGCAAGCCGAGCCCCAUACGGGGUCUCUACCCUCUCGAGAACAAGCCCGGCGUCAUCUCCCUCCUCGCGGGCAAGCCUAACAGCGCGAUGUUCCCCAUCACGUCCCUCAACUUCACCGUCGCGCCCACCACCGCGCCCGAGUACGCACAGAGCAUCGCCACGGGCACGCCGCUCCCCCAGGGACAGAACAAGCCGAUCGAGGUGACGGGCGCGGAUCUGCAGGCGGGGCUGCAGUAUGGUGCGACGGCGGGGUUGCCGAGGUUGUUGGAGUGGUUGCAUGGUCUGCAGGAGAAGUCGCAUGGGAGGAGCAAGGGGGAGGGGUGGAGGAUUAGUGUGGGCGCGGGGUCGCAGGAUCUGAUCUAUAAGGCCGUCAAUGCUCUCCUCAACCCUGGUGACACGAUCCUCGUCGAGUCGCCCGUUUACGCAGGUGUCAUCCCGAUGUUUCAGACUCUGAAGUGCGAACAAGUUGAGGUCCCCACUGACGCUUCUGGCAUCCGGUCGCAAGAUCUCCGAACUAUUUUCUCUUCAUGGCCCUCCGACAAGCCCAAACCAAAAGUCCUCUACACAGUUCCCUACGGCUGCAAUCCGACCGGUAUGACCGCCGCCGAAGACCGCAGGAGAGAGGUAAUCGAGCUGUCUCGCGAGCACAACUUCCUCAUCCUCGAAGAUGACCCCUACUUCUACCUGUACUUCGGAGACGCGCCCCGCCCACCAUCAUAUUUCCACCUUGAGAAGGUUAUCCCGAGUCAGGACGGGAGCCCCAAUGUCGGCCGUGUACUCCGGUUUGACUCCUUCUCCAAGAUCGUCUCUGCUGGCAUGCGCAUGGGCUUCGUCUCCGGCCCCGCGACCCUCUUGGAUGCCAUAGACCUCCACACCGGCACCGCGAACCUGCAGUCCUCCUCCCUCGUACAAUCCAUCUUGCUCGCACUCGUCGAGUCGUGGGGCUACGAUGGGUUCGACGCGCACAUCCGCUCCGUAUCCGCCUUUUACCGGGCGAAGCGGGAUGUCUUCCAGGCAGCGAUGCAAGAGAACAUGGAAGGGCUUGCGGAGUGGACCGCGCCUGAGGCGGGGAUGUUCUUCUGGUUCAAGCUUCUCCUCAAGCCCACGACUGGGGCGGCGGCAGACGAAGAUGAAGAUGAAGGCGACUCGUCGGAUCUCGUGCGCACCAAGGCGUACGAGAACGGUGUGCUCGCGCUGCCGGGUACGGUCUUCCUCCCGAACGGGCGCAAGACGGCGUACGUGCGCGCAAGCUUUAGCUUGCUAGACGAAGACGACGUGCGCGAGGCGCUGAAGCGGCUUAGGGAGGUGGUGAAGCAGGAACGUGGGGAGGCGUGAAGACGAGACGAAGAUCAAUGUAGACAGACAGGUAGGUGUACGAUAGAGGCAGGCUGUACGCGCAGAGAAGUAAAAAUAUUGAGCCCUGAAAUGUCUGCUUAGAAUUGUAUCACCUCUCUUUGCUCUCCAGAUACAUUACGGACCUGCCCUAAACCGAGAACCUUUUCCGUAUUGCCAGGUUUUCGACAGGGGCUAGACAUACAUAGCCUGCAGUGACCCAUAUGCUACAGCAACUUGAAUAACCCACAUCUCCC